CGAUGCACUACAUAUACACAUACGUUGAGUUUAUACACAAGUGAUCUGCAACCAAAUUACAACUCCUAGAAAACCCUGCCUAUCCUGCAGCCAAUACCCUGCCUAUCCUGCAGCCAAUACCCUGCCUAUCCUGCAGCCAAUACCCUGCCUAUCCUGCAGCCAAUACCCUGCCUAUCCUGCAGCCAAUACCCUGCCUAUCCUGCAGCCAAUACCCUGCCUAUCCUGCAGCCACAAGUCAAAGAAAACUGAUGUAUACUAAAAAGCAGAGUGAGAGCUGGUAACAGAUUGAUACCUGAUGACAGGUUCUAACAUGUUUGGUCCCGGCCACCAAAUUCCUCCUCACCCACUGGCAGCCCACAUCUAUAGUCAUGUCUUGCCCAACAGGUUUUCCAGCAUCUUCUUCCCAUCUCCUAUUUUUGGAUUUCAACUGUUUCAGCCCUGCAGCCAUUCUGGAACUCAUAAGGAUGCCAUGCUCUUCUCCCCCCAGACAAGGCCUUGUCAUUUUCCAGACAGGACUCACCGUAUGAAGCAGCGUAGAUCACGAGCGAACUACAGUAGUUGGCAGCUGGAGGAACUCGAGAAAGUGUUCCAGACAAACCAUUACCCAGACAUCUUCAUGAGGGAGGCCCUGGCGCUGAAGCUGGACCUGUUAGAGACUAGAGUGCAGGUGUGGUUUCAGAACAGGCGAGCAAAGAUGAGAAGGCAAAUGAAGAUGCAGACGUUUCAGGUCCUAUUAGAGGAGAAGAGUAGAUCAGACUGUAAAACUGAUAAAAUGCCAAAGCAGAAGCCAUCAGGGGACACACAAUGUAUUAACAACAAAGUAUCGGACCCCCCAAACCACAUGAAAGAACAUUCGUGCCAAGCGGAGGACAAAGCAACCUGUGGUAUUGUUACCCUGCGUACAAAGGCCCAGGAACAUGAGGCUGGGAUUCAUAGCUUGAUAGCAACACAAGAGGGACCUCAAAAGACCCCAGUGAAUCCAGACUCCGAUGUCAAUGUCAGAGAUCUGGAACCACAAGAAGUGAAAUCUUCCUAACAUUACUACUGAUGGAGGAAAUUCAGGAAAGUGCCAAUUUCUUACUAUGGAUUUCUACUGUUUUCUGAUUUGGUGAAGCCAAAUAAACGUGUACUUCACAAUGGAAGAUAUCAUUAUCUGUGC